GGCGCCGGGAAUCCCCGCUCAGCAGCAAGUACCCGCCGGCGCUUGGAGAUCGUCUGGUCCAGCUCCAUCAUUUGACAGAUGGAGAGACGAGAGACGCGGGGCAGACGCAGUAUUGACUUUGGAGUGAGGGGCUUGAAAUCAAAUCCUUACUCUACUCUACCUGCCACCCGGAACUUCACAGCCUCCAUUCCUGACCACCACUGCAGAAGCCCCGGCAACCUGUGGCCGUUGGAUGCCCAGGGACAGCCAGACAGGUGCCAUCGUUUCCGAGGCAAUGCUACCAAUGAGACCGAGACCUGUGUAGAGGGCUGGGUGUACAACCUCACCACCAUUCAGAGCACCAUCGUUACUGAGUGGGAUCUGGUCUGCAGCCUGAAAAGCCUCCAAGGGGUGGCCCAGUCGAUUUACAUGGCAGGAGUGUUCCUGGGCGCCAUUGUGUUUGGGGGACUGGCUGAUAGGCUGGGCCGCCGGACCAUAUUCCUCUGGUGCCUCUUCCAGACGGCUUCCCUGAACACGGGGGCAGCCCUGGCUCCCUCCUUCUCCAUCUACUGUAUCUGCCGCUGCCUGACUGGCUCUGGCAUGUCUGGGUUGGUGCUCAAUGGAAUGGGACUUGUUCUGGAGUGGACGACGCCGUCUCACCGAGCCAUGGUAUCUGGCUUCCUUUCCUUUGUGCUCAGCCUGGGGCAGCUGAAUCUGGUCAUUCUGGCCUUUGGCCUCCGGCACUGGAGGCACCUGCAGCUGGCUGCCGGGGCACCCUAUGCCCUCUGCUUCCUCUGUAGUUGGUGGCUCCCAGAAUCUGUCCGGUGGCUGAUGGUGAGGAAGCGCUUUUCUGGGGCCUUGCGGUCCUUGAAGCUGGUGUCAUGGAUCAAUGGGGUUCCAGCAGCCAGGGUCCAGCUCUCCCUGGAGAUGCUGGAAGCAGACUAUUCCGAGGAAGAGGUAGGAGGAACUCCAGGGUCCUCUGUCCUGGACCUGUUUCGAUCCCGGGAGAUGCUGGCCAUAUUGGCCUGUACCAUGGGCAUUUGGUUCUCUGUCGCCUCUGCCUUCUACUCCCUGGCCCUGGAUCUGCAACGUUUCCCUGGGGAAGAUCCCUACUUGGUUCAGAUUGUCCUGGGGAGCAUAGAUCUGCCCUUUCGCCUCAUGGUGCCCAAGCUGGCCAACUGCCUGGGGCGCAAGCUUACCCUGUCCUCCUGCAUGAUGCUCGGAACGGGACUCUUUCUGGGGGCCAUCCCAGUGCCCCACGAGCUGGGCCGCCUUCGGAUGGGGCUGUGUGUGCUGUCCAAGGGCUUCAUGUCAGCCUCCCUCAGCUGCAACAUCCUCGUGGCCACUGAGGUCUUCCCGACCUCCCUCCGGAUGACUGGGAUGGGGGUCAGCAACAUGGUGGGCUACCUGGGAGGUAUGGUGGCCCCACUGGUCCUGCUGGCAGGCCCAAUGCUCCCCCUCCUGCCGCCCAUGCUCUUUGGUACCACCGUUCUGGCGGCCGGCAUCCUGGUUGUCUUCCUGCCCGAGACACGGGGUCUGCCCCUGCCUGACACCUUGGAACAAGCCCAGAGCCAGGUCCGGAGAUGCUGGAGCAGACUGCUGAGAAAGCCAUGGCAGGGGACCCUGCCCCUCCAGACCAAGCUCUGACAUCCCUGGGAAGAAGUGACCCCAGCCCAGGGCAGGGAGGGGAUGAGGCUCCCUCGUGGCAGAAGGAGAAGACCUGAGUUCAGGCGCUGGCUUGGCCCCUUCCUCUCUCUAUGACCUCGGCCAGGCCCCUGCCUGAAUUCAAAAUCGCCCUGCUCCGGGCCCUUCCUUCUUCCCUACUCUAGGUCUCCAGGGGGAGCUCACAAGUGGACUUCUCCCAACUGGGGUCAAGCCUGAGUAACAUCAGAUGCCUCAGGCCUCUUAUUACACAUUUAUUCAUUCACUCAUUCAUUCAUUAACUCAAAACCUCCAUCCUGGUUAGGAAGGGCUGUGACUAAGUAUGAGAAACGGGUUUUCAUACAUGAGCUAGCGUUGCACAGACAGCCCAUGUUAUAUCCAUGACCCUCUGGAUCCUGAGGCCUGGUAGGAGUCCCAGGCCCCCUCACUGCCCGGCCGAGGCACCUCUGGGGCGUCUCUUUGGAGCACGGGCCUCAGCAGGGAUGUUAAUGAAAUGAUCAGAUGCCCUUGUGGGUCCCGCUGGCUCCAAUCUCCUGGGAUUCUGCUUCCUCAGGACAUGGUCACACUGCCCGACCCCGGAAAGGGAGGCUGAAAUGAGGAAGGGGAGAUUCUCAGAUGAAAAAAAAGGGAAUGCACCCUGGGCCAUCUCUCCUGGCUCCCUCAGGGCCCCAGCCUCCGUCCCUCACACCCAGUCCAUAUCUUCCCAGAGUACCACUAUUGUUUCACUCAAUAAACAUCUAUUUAAAGGAACUACUUCUCCUGGGUUCUCAUCUUGCUCUUCUACUAAUCCACUGAUUGGGUGGCCUGAGGCAACUCUCUGGGCCUCAGUUUCCUCAUCUGCAAAAUGAAGCAGUCUGACCAGAUAAGGGAUUCUUCACCCUUUGGCAUGUUUCUUAGACCUCUGGGACAGCUGGGGCAAACCCUGCUGUCAGAACCAGGUCUUUAAAUGCAUAACAUAAAAGACACAGGGACACAACAGAAACUAACUAUAUUUAAAUAGUUGGGGUUUUUUAAAAAUCUUAUAGAUGCCAGGCUAAGAUCCCUUGGAAGAGAUGGUCUCAAAGUACUGUCUUGUUUUAGAAUUAUGUUCUUACACUAGCAUUACUGUUCUCUUAUUCAAAAGCAUUUGAACCCUGGCCCAGGCCCCAGGCUCUGGGCUCAAUCCUACCACCCCACUUUGGCCCCAACACCAGUUUUGCCUGGGUAUCAUCUUCACAGAUGUGGGCAAGCACCCAGCUCACAACAUUGGUGAAAGGCCAGCCUCAGCCCAUCAGGCUGCAGCCUCUACAAGGGGGCAUCGAAGGGUGCCCUGGACCUCCAAUUCUGCCUCAGACCAUGGACUAGCUGUGUGACCUUGGACAAGUCACUUAACUUGUGUGCCUCAGU